UUUCAUUUGAAAAAAUUGCCAAUUUCGACUCUCCCUCUCGUAGAGCUUCUUGCUCUUUUUCAUUUGCCUAAAAAUUCAAGAACAAACCUAAAAUCCCAACCCAAUCCAGUUCAAAGCAUUAUUAUAUCAACGAUGCCUGAAUCGAGAGAUAGAUUGGUGAGGCCUGUCGACUACGCUGCCAUUUUCGCUCGCCGCAGAGCUCCCAGUACCGGAAUUCUUAUUGACGAUCCAGAAGUGGGUCGGAACUUGUUCGGAUCCCCGGCCCCGGUCAGGCAAGUGGCGACACCGGCAACACGUGGACGAUUCAUUGGAGGAGGAAGGGGAGGCUUUGGAACUCCAAGAAAUGCGCGUGGCCGGAAUCUGUACGGAACUCCGGCUACGGGUCAGGAGAAUAAUCCGAGAACUGCGCAACGGAGUUCGGGCCGGGGCAGAACCACGGGCAGUGUGUUACCUUCUUGGUACCCACGAACCCCUCUUCAGGAUAUCACCGCGGUUGUGAGGGCAAUUGAAAGGAGAAGAGCUCUACUGGGAGAUGCCGAAGGCCUACAAAUUGAGAGUCCUAUACCUGAGGGCCAAAGGGUUCUUGACCCUUCUGUGACACAGUCUGGUGCUCAACUCAAGCACGAUGUCUCUAUGAUCUCUCCAAAUCUAGCUGUUGGUGUCAAGCCUCGUACACCUGCUGUUGGUAAAGUGCCAAAGAUUCUGCUCGGAAUCACUAAUCAGAAUGCUGGAGAAUCAGAGUUUCUCACACCUCAGAAGAAACUCUUGAACUCGAUUGACACUGUUGAGAAAGUGGUGAUGGAGGAACUGCAGAAGCUAAAGAGAACCCCAAGUGCUAAGAAGGCAGAGAGAGAAAAGAGAAUUCGUACUUUGAUGUCUAUGCGUUGAUUCAUUUCAACUUCCCAGCAAUUAAAGUAUGAAUUCUUUUUUUCCUUCCACCUUGGAGCAGCCAAAACAGAGAGAACAGGAGCACUUGUACUUGAAAGACAGAAGGGACAAGAAGCCUGUGCUAUGAGACUGAUCAUCAUCUGAUGAUAAUAGGACUACUCAAAUCAUCAUCUGAUGAUAUUAGGACUCCUUAAGUAGAUUUAGUACAUAUAUCCUCAUAUCUUCUCUACUUUUUUGCAUUUGACAUCUUGCUGAAGGUCUUAGCAUAGGAUUGGUAGGCAGUUUUGCUUCAGUUCUCUGCUGAAAGUCUUGGUGUAGGACCAGUAGGCAUGUUAGUGUCUUGUUACCAUCAUUCUUUGAUGGUUAGGUGUAGAAUGGCCAUAUCUCAGUUCUUGUCACGUUAUUUUAGAAGGCCUGUGUUGAAGUACCAUUACUUUUUGAGUAUGAUAGGGAAGCAAGGUUCCCCAAAAUGAUUUUUGUUCCAUAAUCAAUUCUGUUUUUUAGGCUUUU